UGCAAAUUUAUGAUAAAUGCAUAUUACAAACUUUUAAAUAAAACAAUUAUUUAUUUUUGUUAUUUGGGUGAAAUGUGACCUAUGUUCUUGGUGAGGUUUACCCAUACAAGAUAAAAAAAACAAAACAAAUGGAGGUAAAAGAGAUGUAAUCCCCAGGGGUGAGGGUUACUGCGAUGUCAAGGCCUCUCACUCUUCACUUGAUCAUAUCGCCUGUGUUGUUCCAAACACACUCAAAUACCAAUUAGUUUCCGCCACAAAGCACCAGUUAGCUUUCAGAUAACAAUCAGUCUCUGAUAAAAGACCUAACUAAAAGAUCACAAACCAAGCUUCCUGGCGAUAAGUGAUUUAACCUUGCUCUGAACUUUUUUGAAGCGGUAAACUGUCCAAAGCAAAUAUCAAAGUUGACUAUGACUGCAUCCACCAAUGACAAUAUUUAAUGUAACACUUUCCAGGGUUUUGAACAACUGCUGACAGGGAUUGAGAGAGAAAUAACCUCAGACAGCUUAGUGCAGCCACUGCCGUCAACAAACACAGAGAUCACAUUCACAGAUUUUUCAGCCGAGUUUGAUCUCAGAUUUUAAGAGGGUUGAGGUCAAAGACGGGGACUGAAACCCCAUCUAUGGCCACUUUCAAAUUUGAGUAAAUUCACUGUUAAAUCAAGGCUUGUAUGAUUUAAUAUCUAAAAGCAUAAAAAGAAUUUACAAAAAAUGUUGGCUAACUGUUUUUGAACCGCUGUCAACAAUUUGCUGAGCUCCAACAAUGUGGUUCAAGCCUACAACUGAAGAUACAAAACUCAUCAAGCGCUUUCCUUUCACGAUUUAACAAAGUACUUUUUAAUGUCCUUCAUUCUCUAUUAUCAUCAGAUCAGGAUGAGCAUGAAUGGCACACUGGAGAAGGCGGCUCAUCACCAGGCCCUCGACCUCUCUGAAGAGCUCCCAACCAACAGCCAUCAUCACCACCACCAUCACAAUCACACCAGUCUCCAGCACACAAACUCCUUGGCCUCCACUGUGCCAGCCGGGACCCCAGUAGGUGGGUCUGGAGUGGUUGUGCCGCCGCCUUACUCCGCUGCGGAGGCUGGGGGAGGUGAAGCUCCGCUGGAGCUCCGGGGCUCUCUGGACUGCUGGGCAUGCUCAGUGCUGGUGACAGCGCAGAACCUGGUGAUCGCGGCCAUCAACGCCUGCCUGGCCGGGUUGGUUUUCGGGCUCAUCCUAAUUCCUGCCAUUGUCAUGGUGGUGUUCGGCUUCAUCUGUCAUUCAACGGUGCGCCCGCACGGCUCAUCACCAUACUGUUCGGAUCUACUGACUGACGGUGGCUGUGUGGCUCUGCUGGUUGUGGGUUUCUUGCUAGUGACUCCACUCCUAGUUCUGGCCUUGGCUGCGUACUGCCGGCUUGCUCGUCACCUUCAGCUGGGUCUGUGUUUUAUUCCGUACAGCCGUGCCGUCUACAAGAACCUUCCAGCUACCCAGUACCGUGGCUUGACAGGGGGCUGCUGUGGACAGCGAUCUGGGAAAGGAGAAGGGAAGGGGAAGGUGUGGGUGUAAAGGAAAAGGACUACACUUCUGUUGUACUGGAGAUAUGGAACGUUGUGAAAGAACACAGUACACAUUAUAGACCAAAAAAUCCCAAUCUAUAUGACAGACAAAGAAUUCCUAUUUACCAAUUUACAUUUUUUUUAUAGACAAAUACACCAUGUUUGUCAAUUUCUGAUGCCUACAUAUUUAAUGCAACUAUUAUAGCACAAUCAGUUUUAAUUAGUCAAUUUCAGUACUUGACAUUUAUAAAAUAAUCUAAUUCAAAUAUCCAAAAAUGAUGUGUAUGUACUCUUUGUAUAACAAACACUAUCUGCCUUA